AAAUAUGAGACAAAACAUUUAUUUGACCUAUUCACAAAAGAAAUUAAUAAAAUAAAGUCAUGUAAAUUAAUAAAAAAUUUAUGCGAUUACUCAAAUAAUAAUAUGAAAUUACAGAAUUUGCAAAAUAAAGAGAAGAAAAUAAAUAAAAAUGAAAAUGAAAAAAUGAAAAAAAAUUGACGACGUUCUCUUUUUUAAAAAAAAUUUAAAUAUAUUCUUAAUUUUUAAUUUUUGUUUCAGAUAUUUGUUUUUUCGCAAUUAAAAAUGGCCGCAACUCAUACCUCGCGUUCCACAGAUCCAACGGUCUAGAUCGCAUCACCGUCUUCAUCCCACCACCACAGCCACUCCGCGAACCGUCUUCCCACUCCAAUCGGCAGUCGUCACUGUGAGUCUCCGAAGAAGGAUGUCGCCGGACAUUCUGAUGCAGGCGGCGAUUCUUCUCCUAACUCUAGGCAUGCUCUUCGCUCUGUACAGCCUGCCAAGAAAAGCCCUUUCCAAACUCCGCACCAGAGGCCGAUCCAGCCUCCAAGCCAACCGCCACUUCCUCAACGGCGCUCAGCUCCUCGCCCGUGCCAGAUCCGCGCGGAGCCGAUCCGCCUCCCUCGCGAUCGCCAAGGACGCCGUCGGCGAGGCUGACAAGGCCCUCUCGCUCGAGCCCAGGGACGCCGCCGCUCACAUCCUCAAAGCCCUAGCCCUCGAUCUUCUCGACCGGAAGCCCGCCGCCCUCCGAUCGCUGGACGCCGCGCUCUCUCCGCCUGCGGUGAGGUCGCUGUCUGAUCGGGAGCGAGGGGACGCGCUGUUCAAGCGGGCGGAGCUGCAGGUAGAGAUGAAUCGGGGGAGGAGGCGGGCGGAGGCGGCUCUGUCGGACCUGACGGAGGCGGUGAGGCUGAGUCCGGAUAACGCGAAGGCGUGGUGCAUCCUGGGACGGUGCCGCGAGCUGAUGGGUUCGCGAGAUGAGGCGAGGAAGGCCUUCGAGGAGGCCGUGAGGAUCGAACCCGGGUCCGUCGCCGCCCGGGAGGGCUUGAACCGGUCGGUCUCCUGAAGUUGGACCGGCUUAAUUUGGGUCCUUGUAACACUCAUGUUAUAAACGUAUUAUCUCUUCUCUCUCGUUUUAGUUUUUUAUUUUUCUGUUUUAUUUUUAAUUUUGAAUUUAAAUUAGCCGAUUAAGAGUAAUAUAUAUUUAAAUUUUCAUUAAAAUUUCAUAAAA